AUGGCAGCUUCAUCCGGUAUACCCUCCGCUCCAUGGCGGAGCUUGUUUCUCGAACACAUCUCAAAACUGGAUGACCCCUACAUGUCAGUAUCAACAGUAGCAUUCGAUCCCCAAACUGGAUCACCAAUUCCGCGAGUCCGUACUUGCGGGUUUCGUGGCUUUUUCGGUGAACUCAAACUCCAUCAUUCAGCCGAGAAACAGCUCAGGGAUGAAGGGGAAAUGAAUCCUGCGAUCUACGAGUCAGAUAUGCUUGCGUUUACUACUGACGUGCGGAUGGAAAAGGUUGAGCAACUCAAGGAGACGCAUGGAGCGAUUGAGGUUAUGUUUUGGGUUAAGGAGACGAUGGGUCAAUGGAGGUUGAGAGGGAAGGCUUUCAUUAUUGGGGAUGAUGACAAUGAAGCUCUUGAGAGGACUGCGAGGUCAGAGAUUGCGAAGGGAUUGAGAAAGAAGUCGGAAAAUGUCACGGAUGGAGAGUGGUCUUGGGAAAAGGAAGUCACUGCCUAUUUUGCGAAUCAUAGUCCAUUGAUGAGAGGCUCUUUCAAAGGUCCACACCCCGGGACACCACUCAGCCAAAAACCUGAGGACCCAAAUCUCAGCUUAGGCCAGAAGGUCGAUGAUCUUCAUGAUUCGACCGCAAGAAGGAAUUUCCGUGUCGUAGUCAUCCGUGUUGAAGAGGUCGAUAGACUAGACCUGAAUGACCCAGCAGAAGCGAAGCGAUGGAGGACGACAUUAGAUAACACUGGCCAUCAACGAUGGGAAGAAGUAGAAUUAUGGCCUUGA